AUGGCCGCAAGCACGUCCCCGUCCAACGCGCUCAAGAAGAUCCAGCUCACCCAUGUCGCCCACGUCUUCUACAAGCACAAGGAGAUCGAGCCCGCCCGCCAGUUCGCCGACGACUUCGGCUUCUAUGAGGUGAGGCGCGAGGGCAACCGCACCUUCUACCGCGGCUACGGCUCCGAGCCCUUCGUCCUGUGCCUCGAGGAGGCCGACGAGAAGGCCUUUGGCGGCGCCGCCUUCGGCGUCGAGUCCGAGGAGGACCUGGUCCACGCCGCCAAGGUCCUGCCCAAGGAGGCCCGGCCCACGGGCGUCUACGACCUCGACGCCCCCGGCGGCGGCAAGUGCGUGACCUUUUACGACCCCGUCGACGGCUUCCCCUUCCACCUCGUCCACGGCCAGCAGAAGGUCGAGGUCAGGGACCCGCACUUCCCCGUGCUCAAGUUCAACUAUCCCGAGGAGAAGAACCGCGGUGUCAACCAGAAGCAGCGCUUCGAGAAGAGGCCCGCCCCCGUGCACAAGCUCGGCCACUUUGGCAUGUGCGUCACCAACUUUGCCAAGUGCUACGAGUUCUACACGACCUACUUCAACUUCUUCCCCAGCGAGCUCAACUAUGGCCCGGACAACAAGGACAUCACCGUGUUCUUCCGUCUGAACCGUGGCAGUGAAAAGGUCGACCAUCACUGCUUCUUCUUCUUUGAGGGCCCCAAGAUGCACGUCCACCACUCGUCCUUUGAGACGCACGACUUUGACGCCCACAGCCUCGGCCACGACUGGCUGCGGCACAAGGGCUACAAGCCCCUGUGGGGUGUCGGCCGCCACAUCAUGGGCAGCCAGAUCUUCGACUACUGGUUCGACCCCUCGGGCCACGUCUUGGAGCACUAUGUCGACGGCGACCUGCUCGACAUGACCGAGCCCACGCACCGCACGCCCGCGUCGCCCGACAACCUGCACGUGUGGGGUCCUGACCUGCCGCCUACCUUCCUGACGUGA